AUGCCUGUAGAUCCAGCGGGUGCAGAACUACAGAUCCAACUGUGCAAGGGAGGAAGACUGCACGAAGAAUAUGAGCUCCUCCUCCUCAGGUCAGUCAUCACCUCCUCGUUCAAUCUUGGUGCUUUGAAGCUUGAAGCUCUGUUUCUCUGUGUAGAUCUAGAUCGACAGAGGCAACGUGCAGUGGAAGUGUACAUGAACAUCCCUGAUGCUGAAGUUCAAGGAGAAGUUGGUUCUGCUCCAGCCUCCUCAGUUGCAUCAGGCUCUACUGCUGCUGCUGGUUCAGCAGCAUCAACUGCUCCCGAUGUUGCAUCUCUUGUGGAAAAGGCCCUAGCAAAACUGCCUCCAGAAAUGGUUGCUGAAGCUAAAGAUCCCAAGAGGAAGGCUAAGUCUCGAGACCCUGGAUGGAAGUUUGGAUGGUGGCCAGAUAUUGCAAAGAAGGACGCUAUGCAAUGUAUUUUUUGUAAGAAGAUAACUCCCUCAGGAAUUAGUAGGUUUAAACAACACCUUGCUGGAAGUUAUGGUGAUGCACUUGGAUGUCCAAAUUGCCCUGAGAUUAUUAAGCGAGAGAUGGAUGCUUACAUCAAGAAGAAUACAAGGUCUGCAGUUGUGGUAGUUCCUGAAGUUCAACAAGAUUCUGAAGAGGGUGAAGGUGAUGAAGUUGAACCAGAAAAAGUGGCUAGUUCUGGUACAAAGACCAAGAAAAAGCAAGCACAAGCAAAGAAGAAAGUAGCUCAAUCUUCCAUCGCUGCCUAUAUGGCUGCUGCUGGUUCAUCAAAACCAGCAAAUCAAAAGAACACCAAGUCAGUUGUUUCCAUGCUUCGGAAGACACCAGAAGAGGUAGUUUCAGAAAGGCAUAAAUUCAAGACUUCUCAGCCUACUAUAGAGCAUUGCACAAAGAAAGAGAACAAACAAGUUGUUGAUGACCAUGUAGCUGAUUUCUUUUAUGAAAAUCGUAUACCAUUCAAUGUCAUUAACUCUAGAAGCUGGGAGAUUAUGCUUGAGUCAAUUGGACAGUAUGGACCUGGGUACCGCUCACCAUCCUACCAUGAAAUUAGUGAGCCAUUGUUAGAAAGGGCUGUCAAUAGGACAACAGAACUGAGGAAGAAGCAUGAGGAAGCUUGGAAAGAGUAUGGUUACACUCUGAUGUCUGAUGAUUGGACAGAUACUAGCCAUCGUCAUCUAAUCAAUUUUCUUGCAAACAGUCCAGCAGGGACAUUCUUCCUAGGUUCAGUUGAUGCAUCAAGUGAGGUAGCUGAUAUGAAUUUGCUAGCAUAUUUGUUAGAGAAGCAAAUUGACAAGAUUGGGAGGGAAUACGUGGUGCAGAUUGUCACAGACAAUGGGUCCAACUUCAAGGCAGCGGGAAGGAUUCUAAUGGAGAGGAUCCCGCACUUGUUUUGGACACCUUGUGCUGCCCAUUGCCUGAAUUUGUUGCUGCAAGACAUUGGAGAGAUAAAGGAGUUCAACGCUGUCAUAAAUUCAGCAAAGAAGUUGAGCAGAUUUCUAUACAAGCAUGGGAGGAUACUUGAUCUAAUGAGACAGAAAAUAGGUGGGGAUCUUGUGAGGCCAGCUGUGACUCGAUUUGCUACUUCUUAUCUCACUUUGGCAAGUAUGUAUAAAAAUAAGCAAGGCUUGAGAAAUUUAGUCGUCAGCGAGGAAUGGCACAAUAACAGCAUGUCUAAGUCUGUUGAAGGCAAACGAGUUGAGAAUAUUAUCCUAUCUGUGCCAUUUUGGACUAAAUUGGAAUAUUGCUUGAAAGCUUCACAACCACUUCUCGUUGCUCUAAGGAUUGCAGAUGGGGAUGAGACACCAGCAGCUCCUGAGAUCACUGCAGCCAUGGAUGUUGCAAAAAGCACCAUCAAAGAAUCUCUAAAAGAUAAAACUGAAUUACUUGGCCAGGUGCUGGCGUUAUAUGAUAAGAGGUGGGAUACCCAAAUGGAACAAAAGCUAUAUGGGGCAGCCCUAUUCUUGAAUCCAAACAAGUUCUUUGCCAUAAGGGAGAAAGACAAGAGACAAGCUGCAAGGUUAAGAGGCAUGUUCAAUCAAGUUCUAUGGAAAAUGGUGACCGAUGACAAUGUGUCAACCAAGAUUUCGCAGCAAGCUGAUGACUAUGAACAAUCUGAAGGUGAAGGCUUCUCAAUGCCUUUAGCUAUAAGGGACAGAGACAAAAAGAACCCUAUUCGUUGGUGGUGUUCAUAUGGUGGCCAUGCAUUUGAACUACAAUGUUUAGCAAAGAAAAUUAUCAGUCUUUGUUGCGCAGCAUCAGGUUGUGAGCAUAACUGGAGCGAAUUCUCUAGUAUUCACACCAAAAAGAGGAAUAGAUUAGGGCACAAGAGGCUAAAUAAAUUGGUUUAUGUCAGUUACAACAAAAAGAUGACAAAUGGGUUUCAAAAAAUUCGAGAACUUGGUUGCAAAGGAAAGAGGAGCAACCCUCUCUUGCUAGAAGAGUUUCAGUGGGACAGUGAAUGGGUUGAUGAGAAUUGUGGGGAGCUGCCUUGGGCUGUUGUGGAUGAAGCUAUUGGUGCAUCUGAGAAUCUAAGGGCUCAUAACUUGCCUAGGGUUGCUUUGCUAGCCGUCUUUGUAGCCACUGUCCCUUUGUCAGCAGCAGCCAGCAAGACAAGAAAGGGCUCUGCAGCAGCCAGGUUGCAGAUGCAGAUCACUGUGGUUGAGGCAGCCAUGCGUGAAGAAUCUUUUCAGCUUAGGCUAAUCAGCUUUUGA